UGUAUUUUAGGGAUUGAAACUAAGUAUAAACCACACCAUUCAUAAAUUCGGAAACUUUUCAUAAAAAAAGCGUAAACAUUUAAUAACUGUUAUAUAUAUUAUUUAUAAAAAUGACAAUCAACUCCUGUAGGCAUUACCCUGAUUGUUAUUAUAUUGUUUUCUACGGCUGUACAUGGUGAAACGCAAUCUGGUCAUGAAUGUCAGAACUUUGACCAUACUGCAUGUGUUGCAAUGGCUAAACAACAUGUAAAUGUGUGUUCAGAUCCAGUACUUUCAGCUACUGCAUGCCCUGUAUUUUGCAAUAGAUGCCAUAUUGGACAUUGGUCCGAAUGGAGCAGUUGGGGCUCCUGUUCAAACGGUGGAAUUAAGAAAAGGUCAAGAACUUGCAGUAUUACGGACAACAGCCAAGGGAAUAUGUCUUUAUGUAUGAAUGAAUCAAUAGAAUAUGACAGAUCCUACUGUAACAAUCCUUCCUGCAUGCCACCAAAAAUAGUCAAUCUAACUAUGACUGGAUCAUUGGAGAUUGGACAAAUCGCCAUGCUACAUUGUGAAGUAUUUGGGAAUCCUAUACCGUUGAUAGAUUGGCAGAUAUUGAAUACCAGUGGAAUUCACACAGAAAUACAUGGAGAUUAUCAUGAGGUGCUGAAAAUAGGACCACAUGCUCAGUUUCAGUCAAACGUCUUCAAAUGUAGAGCAAUAAACAGGUGCGGAAGCACAGAGUCUAGUGUGUUUUCGCCCAGACGGCAUCAACACCUAUAAUAGGUUGAUUCAUCGCAAUAAUGUUUGAAAAAUGAAUAAAUUUAUAUCCUUUACUUUCAGCAUUUGUCUU